AUGACAGGAAUUGGAGGACACCGUGAAUGUUGGAGCUGGAAGCAUGUGAUACGAGUAGAGUGGCAUUGGACAUAUAAGUAUUGUCAUGAGAUUCACACUGGGGGAGCAGACCGAGUGCGAGCACAUCUUGCUGGACUUCGGGCAAGAGGUGUGAAAACAUGCAAGGCAAUGAGGGAGAUCCUUCAUGAGGUUCUUAAAAAAGCUCGCAGCAGUUUUUUUGAUUUCGAGCUAGCAGACCCAGCAGAUGCCGAUGAUAGGCAUCUGCUGCAGCAAGCCACACAGGGUUUAGGGGGGCCAGCAGAAUCUAUGGUGGCAAGCACAGAGAACUGGUCCAGUGCUGGGACAAAGUUCUUCUUUGCCGAGAACAUCUCCUUCAACACAAUCCAAAGAGACAACUUGAAGAGAAUGCUGAAAUUUGCCGCAAAAGUGGGGCAUCUAGCGAUUGACAACCUCAUGGGAUAUGAGAAGUUGCGGACAACUGAGCUACAGCGAAUCUACAACAAUGUUCAAAAAAAGCUUGAAGAUGUGCGGCUAAGUUGGAGGACAUAUGGUUGUACCAUUUUCACAGAUGGCUGGUCUGAUAUCAAGAAGUGGUCUCUUAUCAACUUCAUGGUCAGUUCUGUGAGAGGCUCAAUUUUCCUGAAGGCUGUGGACAGCAAGAACACGAAGAAAACGGGAGCAUGGUUGUUUGAGCAGCUGAAACAAGUGAUUGCCAAGGUUGGUGUGGAAAACAUUGUGCAGGUGGUGACGGACAAUGCAAGCAACUGUGUGGUCAUGGGGGAGCUUUUGCAGUAG